UGAACAUCUCCGAGUAUGCUCAACUCUAUUGGCAUCAUCGUCGCCCAUCAUGUUCAAUCACCUCGGUGUCUUGGCCGUCUUAACCAGUUUCGCCGCCGCAGGACGCUUUGAAUAUGCUGGCAGCUCUAUGAAGUCGCAGGGUAUUCAUUAUUUCGCAUCACCGUUUUCAGCAGGGCGUGUGUUUGACCUCCGACUUUUGGAUGACAUCGUCAGGUACGCACCGGGCCUGGUUCCAGUGACUGUGCUGGCGCAACCCCAUCGCGAUCUCGAGGAUAUCUUCACCAGUUGGGCGUCGAAAGACGAUGUUUGGCAACCAGACUUCCUCGACACGGUUUUUGUUGGCGGCGCUGACGUAUCUGAGCCGGCAAAGGCAACCUACUAUGCCAAUCACAACUCGUCGGUCAUACCACUUCUGCAUGAUAGCCGGGUGCCUUCAGGCCCUUAUUUCCUUGAUACCUCUACCGGGCACGCUUAUCCAGUAUUUCGACUGUAUGAUGACUUUGCCGGUGCGUUCAGCCAGUCUUUGCUGCAACGGCCAGACGGACGCUUCCAGACACUGUCUGCUCAAGCCCCAUCGGCGGGGUCAUUGACUAUUGGCGUGCCUUCUCGUCUAUACUUCACACCGACCAAGGAGAAGCCUUUAGCCGGAGUCCGUAUUGGAGUAAAGGACAUCUUCGAGAUUGCCGACAUGAAGAGAUCUAAUGGUAACCGGGCCUGGUAUGGCCUUUAUCCUCCCGCGAACAACACGAGCAUUGCCAUUCAGAACCUGAUUGAUGCCGGCGCGGUUAUUGUAGGUCUCCAGAAGCUGUCUCAGUUCGCGAACGGCGAGACACCAACUGCUGACUGGGUUGACUAUCAUGCACCGUUCAACCCCCGUGGUGAUGGCUACCAGGAUACGGCGUCCUCGUCAGCUGGAGCUGGCUCAUCUAUCGGAUCCUACGAGUGGCUCGAUGUAGCGGUAGGAAGUGAUACAGGUGGCUCAAUUCGUGGUCCUGCCGCUGUCCAGGGCGUUUUUGGCAAUCGCCCGACAUAUGGCUUGAUACCGUUAGACGAUGUAAUGCCAUUGUCGCCAACGCUUGAUACUGUUGGACUCUUGGCCCGUGAUCCAUAUAUAUGGGACGUUGCCAAUGCAGCAUUAUACGGCAACAACUACACAUCCUAUAGCGAAAAGGACAUUGUCUACCCCAGAAGCCUGUAUACGCUGGACUUUCCCUCUGCAAAUACAUCUGAAGGUCGGAUACUCUGGGAAUUCGCUGCAAAUAUGGCUCGAAUCUUGGGUACAAGUAUGAAACCUCUUGACCUCGACAAGGAAUGGACAAGAUCUGGCCCUGCUGAAGCCCAGGGGCAGUCCAUCUCCCAGCUUCUAAAUGUCACCUACACCGCGCUUAUCACCAAAGAACAGACUAAAUUACUCCGUGACCCCUUUUACGAAGACUAUGCAGGGACACACGAUGCUCGACUUCCCUUUGUCGAUCCCUCUCCCCUGGCCCGCUGGUCCUGGGCUGAUGAGCAGCCUGCCUCCAUACUCGAUGAAGCCAUCGCCAACAAGACACUAUUUAUGGACUGGUUCAACGAAAAGAUCCUCCCGCCCUCUCCUGACUCUCGCAGCUGUUCAUCCGGCAUCAUCCUACACACCGACAGCACAGGCCAUUUGUCGAACCGCAAUCGCUACCUCGACCCUCCCUCGUUACCAUUUGGCUUCUCGAAUGGACUGAUAUCUGUCUUUGCAGAGGCGCCCGAUAGCGUCUACCCCCUCGGCGAUGUCCCUGUCUUCAGCACGAUAACCAAUCAUACGGAGCUGAUCCCAGUAACCGUCAAUGUUAUUGCCGCCAGAGGCUGCGAUGGGGUCAUUUCACGGCUUGCGAAGGACCUUGUUGCUGCGGGGAUUUUGACCAUGCCUCGCGCUGGUUCAAGUCUCAAGGGAGGAGAAAUUUUGCUUAAAUAGUGGAUGAUCAUUCAGAGUAUAUUAAUAGCCUUAAAGUAGUCUAUUACUAUUCGUAGCCUGAGAGCAGCCUGCCAGUCAAAUCCCUGCUGAGGAGAUAUCCUACGGUUUGCUCGGGUUCAGCUUCACUAGUAAUAUAAAAAGAGUCAACCAUACCAUGGUAUAUAUUCUAGUAAA